AUGCUGGAGCAUCUUCCGGUCACGGUGAUUAGCCUUGUCCAGUCUGACACCUACACGGGAGGGGACUUGAUCUUGCUGGAUAGCGCAGUUGCACGGCCCUCUGCUGAAGAGCUGGCCAACAAUUAUUGCUGGUUGAAGCCCAUUGUCAUGGACAGCCCAUCUAAGGUGCCAAGCGGAUAUUAUUUGACUGAUGCGUUCCUUCGUUUGGAUGCCAAGUUGAACCGCAAGCUCUUCAGGCCAAAGCAGGGUGAAUCCAGGAUGUUCCUGGCUGGGAGAGAGGGGGUCAAGGCUAAGCGCUGUGUGGGCGCCAUUCGGUACUUGUGGCGUAACUCACAUGGUGCCCACGAUGCACGUGUGCUGGACUUGAAGCAGUGCUUGUCUCCCUCUCCACCUCGUGGUGUCGAGGCAGCUGGUGAUACUGCUCCUUCGCCUGUCGCCUGCAGUCCUCAUGAAGUGGGGGAAGAUGUGCGAGCCCUUUUGUCGGAGGACAGCGAUUCUGAAUCUUCUGAAGCUGGUGAACCUGUAGGGGGUUCUGAAGGCAAUCGGGAAUCAUCCAAUGAUUCUGACGGUGAGCCUUCAGUAGCAGGCACCCAGCCCGCUUCUGCAAGUGGUGAAUCUGAAUCGGACAAGUCAAGCGACAGCCCGCACCGAGACUCGCAGGUGGGUUCCGGGUGGCUGGGCAAGGCCUUCAACGAGGUCUGCCGUAUGGACAGGGAGGAGAAAGCAGUCUUGCAGAAGCUGCGCGCAAGUUUGAUGGAAGAGCUGUCUUCCCCAGAUAUGAACUCCAAGAUGGUCAAUCAUCCCUCUGUGGUGAGGUUCAUGUUGAAACCGGAGGUCAUAGAUGAAUAUAUGGUCUAUGCCGCGACAAUGGUCAACGAUUUUGGGGCUGUGAUCUCUCCAACCUUGGCUCAAACAUCUCACUACCUCAAGUGGAUCUAUGAUCAGAAGAUGAAACAACUUGAAGAACAGGAUAGGGAGAAGCCUUUGAAGCGGGCGUUGAGCUACAUGGACUUGGAUGGUUCAGCCGAGGGUGAGGGUGAGUGUGUCCAGCCGAAGUCUACUUGGUGCAAGAAGCCUCGCGCCGCCGAUCAGAUUGAAGUAAAGCAGAAUGCGAAAGCAGCCAAGGAGGCUGAUGAGCGCGCUGACCCGGAGUUGCGGUGUGAUUCAUUCCAUGGCCAACUGCUGGAUGAUUUGCCAAUGGAAGCCAGACCUUUCAAAGACAAGGAAUACAAGGGUCGCAAAGGCUAUACGAUCCAUAGUGACCGUGGUGCAGCGAUUGAGGUCUUGGUCUUUAGCCGGGCAUUCGUGGUCAAGAAGUUUGGCCGUGGCGCAGUAGAAAAGACGAGUCUCAAGACAGGUCAAGUGACCUGGGCAAAGCAUGGAGGGCCAGGCCCUGCUUGGGAGCUCGCAAAGCAGCGUGCAAACUUUUAA